AUGUCGAAUAAAAUAGUGCCCUCCAUCUAUCGCGCCGUCAUCGACGACGUGAUCUCGAGCAUUAAGCCCGAAUUUGACGAGUACGGCGUGUCCGAGGAUGUCCUUCACGACCUUCAGGACAGAUGGGAGAAGAAGGUCAUCGCCUCCCAUGUCGCCGAAUUCGACAACCAGGCUGCACCUGCACCUGCGACCAAUUCGCAUCCAACGCAUCCGGCCUACCCUCCGCACCCCAUGCACACGCAUCCUCAUACGCCGGGCGUCCCCAACCCGUAUGCGCCUCCGCCGAGUGUGUAUCAACAUUCGCAUGUUCCACUGCCGCCAGCCGGUGCCCAGGUCAAAGCUGAACCGGUCGAUACGCGCUACAUGCUGAGUCAGGGCAUGGCCCACCCUUCCCCGUACGCGAUGCCCCCACUACCGGGUCCGCAAAUUCCGGGCGCGCGCCCACCGAAUGGUAUGGCGUACCCCACGCACCCUCCCCCGCCCCCAACGGCGAGGUACCCGCCUACAGCUCAGCAUCAGCAGCCACCACAGGCGCGCAUACCGCAGGUCGAUGGGCCGUCGGCACUUCCCAAGAUCCCUCAGCUUGACGGUCCAUCCUCAUCGUCUUCGGAAUCGCCGUCUCCACCGCCCAGCCAGGGCUAUGCGCCGCGUGCCUUGCAUCCAUCACUUCCACAGCCUUUGCAAAGCACUUCGCAGGCGGACAACGAUGAGGCGAUCAAUAGCGACCUCGAUGAUUCUGACUCAGACAACGAAGAAGUGAACGAGACGGGAAGCUCGGCGGAACAAGACAUCGUAUUCUGCACAUAUGACAAGGUUGCGCGUGUGAAAAACAAGUGGAAGUGCAUCCUCAAGGACGGGAUGAUCCACAUCAACGGGAAGGACUACCUCUUCGCGAAGUGCACAGGGGAAUUCGAAUGGUAG